GCAGUGACAUCCCGGAGCGGCAUGGAGGAGCUGCUGAGGAAGGAGCUGAGUGUGACCCGGGUGCGGGCGGCCGCUCACUCCGGGGGAGGCUGCAUCAGCCAGGGCCAGAGCUACGACACGGAGCGGGGCCGCCUCUACGUCAAGACCAACCACAAGGCCGAGGCCAGGAGGAUGUUUGAUGGAGAGAUGGCGAGCCUGGAAGCCAUUCUCCGGACAGACACCGUCAGGGUCCCCCGGCCAGAGAAGGUCCUCACUCUGCCAGCGGGGGGCGCUAUACUGGUCAUGGAGCAUCUGGACAUGAGAAGCCUCAACAGGCAGUCGGCAGUGUUGGGGGAGCAGCUAGCCGAUCUUCACCUCCAAAACCAGCGGCUGCGCGAAAAGCUGGACAGAGAAAGCGGCAUUGUGGGUAAAGGGUCUGGGCGGUCGGAGGUGGACUACGUCGAUCGGUUCGGUUUCCACACGGUGACCUGCUGCGGAUAUCUGCCCAUGGUGAAUGAUUGGCAGGAGGACUGGGUCACCUUCUACACCCGCCAGAGGAUCCAGGUCCAGAUAGACAUGCUGGAGAAGUCGUCCGGAGACAGAGAGGCCCUGGAGCUGUGGGCACAACUACAGCUGAAGGUCCCUCAGCUCUUCUCCGAGGUGGAGGUGGUCCCGUCCCUUCUUCAUGGGGACCUGUGGGGCGGGAACGUGGCGGAGCUGGACACCGGCCCGGUGAUCUUUGACCCUGCCAGUUUCUACGGGCACUCGGAGUUUGAGCUGGCGAUCGCCGGCAUGUUCGGAGGCUUCAGCUCUUCCUUUUACUCCGCUUACCACUCCAAAAUUCCCAAAGCCCCCGGCGCCGACAAGCGGCUGAAGCUCUACCAGCUCUUCCACCAUCUCAACCACUGGAACCAUUUUGGCGGCGGCUACAGAGGGUCCUCGCUGGGCAUCAUGAGAAGUCUUCUGAAGUGACCGCGCGAGCCUCCAGAUCCAUCAGCUGCCGCCGCCGCCAUUAAGAGAGCCCUCCAGACUCGAGGACUGUGCGCGCACCGCGGACUUGCCCAUUUCUGCUGCCCAUUUGCAGUUGUAAACAGCGCGCUUCCGCAUGUGGAUUUUUCCGCCAUUCCACCCGACCACGUUUUUUCCUGCGCGAUCUGCACCAAUAGGCGUCAUGCUGAUACGUUCCCGUAUAACCUAUGGCGUGGAUUUUCAUUGACGGCAGUCGGAGGCGGAUUUUAAGUGGAAUUCAUGCGGAUUUUAGUGCAUCCCCUUGAUUUAACCUUUCUCGACCUCCGUUGGAUCUUUAAAGAUGGCUCCCGCUCACGUGUGCCAUAGUCCCCGGGUUUCUGCUGUUUUAAUAAAGCAGAUACCUGGGGGCUAUGUCUGUGAUCGGCGAUUAAUGCUGAUCGCAGGCAUUUAACUAAUCAAUUGCUGCUGUCAAAUGUGAGAGCCUAAAAUUCAAAUCGCCCCAGACGGGUAUGUGUGUGGAAAAAUAAAAAAGUUAUGGCUCCAGGGAGGCGGGAUGUGAAAAAAAAUUAAAAAGGCAAAAACGGAAAAUUGGUGGACUAGGAGGGGUUAAAUAGUAAAGCCAAAUAGAAAACAUGGCGGGUGUCCGUGGCUGAAUCCGCACGUGGAUCCACAGCGUCUACAACUGCAAAUCCUCAAUGAAUCGGAGGCUCCGCCUUCUGCCGUGGAUUACAUCAGCUGUGUAAGCUCACUAUGUGUUAUACAUAGGGCAGGGCCUGAGGGGGGCGGAGCAUGACCACCAGAUUCACAGUGUCAUGCUCCGCCCCCUCAGACCCUGCCCUAGACGUGACACAAUGUAUCAGUUUUUUGCUUGCAGUGUUCUACAUCUUUAUAAUACACAUUGUGCUUCGAUUCAUCAACGUUUUCAGAGCCUCUGAUUGCUGUCAGUGAAGGGAAGUCUUCAAGAGGUGCCCAUCAAGGCCUCUGCCCACUUUCUGACACCCUAAACAGGGGCCUAAAAUUCCACCCAAUCAGGAGGCUCGUUCUUGGAACACUUUAGGUCACAGUAAAAAAUAUUUGUGCUUUGUUUUUACCCAGACAAGAUACAGAUGUAACGGACCCUCAGCUGUCGGAACGAAUGUUUCCAUCCACUGACAGCAAUGAGAGAUCUUGACAAUGUUCAGAACUGGAGUGUCACAUAGCCCCUUUAGGAUUCAGAUUUUCUGAUACAACUAUUAAAUCUAGCGAUGCAA